AUGAGACAAGCUCCCAAUGACAUUCCCCAAGAGAUCGUUAACAACCCACUAUACUACCCUUAUUUCAAGGAUUGCAUUGGAAUGAUAGAUGGGACUCAUGUUGAUGCAAUGCUUCACAUUAAUCUUGUUGCACGAUUUCGAGGCCGCAAAUGUGUUACACAAAAUGUGCUUGCAGCUUACACCCCAAACAUGCUGUUCACAUAUGUUCUAGAAGGUUGGGAGGGGUCUGCAAAUGAUUAUAGAAUUCUUCAGGAUGCAUUGUCUAGACGACAACCACAUGGAUUGAGAGCAAAUACUAUCUGUGUGAUGCUGGGUACCCAACCAUGCCAGGUUUUAUCUCUCCAUACCGAGAUUGAAUCUGUGUUUGGCACAUUGAAGAAUCGUUUUAAGAUUUUGUGUGCUAAGCCACAUUAUCCUUUUCCUAUACAAGUAGAUAUCGUAUUGGCAUGCUCGGUACUCCAUAAUUUCAUUGCAACUAUGGAUCUAAGUGAUGAACUACUCAACAAUGAUCAAUUUAAUGAAGACAUUGAUGGUGAGGUGGCCUUCGAGAAUGACACUAAUUUAGUUGAUUUUAUUCAAAAUCAAACCCAAAGAGAGCAAAUUGAAUCAAGAAAUGAGUGGAAGACUCUUAGGGAUAACAUUGCUUGGGCGAUGUUGGUGGACUACUGUGAUAAGUAUCAUGGUGUAACCACAGAGACUUGA